UGUUUUGAUAAAAAGGUUAAAAUAUUACACUUUUAAAUUUAAUAUUUUUUGCUAAUAUGUGAAUAAAUAAUAAGCUUAAUAUAACCAAUAUUCAAGAAUUAUCAAAUUGUCAAAUUCAUGUUUACAAGAAUUGAAAAUAAAUAACACUGUGAUUUUGUGUUCUUAAAAAUUCGACACAUAAAAAGUAGAACGAAAAAACGGUACUUUAAUAUGUUUUAUAUGGUACUUUUACACAGAUGUGAUAUAAAGUAAAUUUUGUUGUGUUUAUGUGAUGACAUUGUGUAACCAGAUAUACCAUAUUACUCUUAAAAUAACCAUGGAUGGGAAAGUAAAGUGACUAAAAGGACUAAAUGAGUGGAGGACAUGUGAAAAUGCAUAUUUUCAUAAUGAACAACAUGAAAAGUUCAACAUACUAAGUAAUGUUGGAACUGAUGACAAAAUGCUGGGUGGAAAUGUAAUCAAUGAUAAUAUAGUACAUAGUACCCCAUUUUAUUGUCAGCAUUUGUCAAAUUUAUGAUAGUUAUACUUCAUUGUUUUGACAUGUUAUUUUAUUUAGUCUAUUUAAAAAAGUAACUAUCAUAUAUAUGACAUUUUAUGCUUAAAUCAUUUUUUUGAUACCAAAAUUAUUAAAUAGCAUCCAUACUUUGUUUCAUUGAUAUUUUGACUAAAACACAAAAACAAAUUUUACAUUUUACAGAUGCAGGUAAACUAAAUAUUCAAAAUAACUUCAAAGUGACAAAUUAAGUUAACUCAUUAUGGCUGAAAGGCAUGGUAAAUAUCAUUCCACAAGAUAUUCUAAGACCAGCAGCAGAAGAAGAAGCAAAGAUGAUAACAAAUGUCGCCCAUAUGAAAGUAAAACUCCCCCACUACCUCACAGACGCACCAGCAUACAAGAACUGAUGAAGGAACGAGAAACAAUUAGAAAAGAACUCAAACAUAUAGCAAAACUUAAAACUGAAACUCAAAAAGAAAUCAGAGAAAACUAUAAAAAACGUAAAUGUGAAAAGCCUAAUGAUCAAACCAACAAUGAAAAGCAUCACAGAGAUUAUAUAAAAAAUAAAAAACCUAAAAAUGAUGUAACAGUAAAGAAAACAUCACCUGAAAAUAGUCAAGAUUAUGCCCAGUUAGAUUCUGAGGACGAAGAGCAUAUAAUUGAGCAGAGAAGACAACAACGGAAGCAAUUAUUAGAACAAUUACACACAUCAGUGGAAAAAACAGAUAACACAUCCUGUGAGGAAAAUGCCAACAAUGAAAUCAAGGAUCUCCAUUCAAAUAAAAGUCAAAAGAGUCUAACAAUAAACCAAACAAAAUCAGCAAAAGAUGUAACGGACAUGUUUUCAGAAGAGGACUUUGUUCCAAAAAAUGAUACAGAUAAUGUUACACAGGACAAUAGAAAAGAAAGUUCAAAGUUAAAUGAUAAUUGGGACGAUGUUGAAGGUUAUUACAAUAUCAAAGUCGGAGAUAUUAUAAAUAACAAUCAAUACACAAUAAAGGCAUUGCUCGGACAGGGAGUUUUUGCAAAUGUUGUUAAAGCACAAGAUAGUAAUAACAGUAAUGAGGUUGCAAUAAAAAUUGUCAGAAACAAUGAUCUGAUGUACAAAACUGGUUUAAAAGAAGUGGAGGUAUUAAAAGAAAUAAAUGACGCUGAUCCUGAAAGUAAAUACCAUUGUGUGAAAUUUUAUUCAAAUUUCAUGCAUAAAGGACAUCUUUGUCUGGUACUUGAACCUCUUCAUAUGGAUCUGCGAAGUAUUCUGAAGAAAUAUGGCCGACACCAUGGAAUUAAUAUCAAGGCAUUGAUGAGUUACAGCAGACAGUUAAUUCUCUCUUUGAGACUCUUAAAAAAGAUUGGUAUUAUACAUGCUGAUAUAAAACCUGAUAACAUUUUAGUAAAUGAAAAGAAAAAUAUUUUAAAACUGUGCGAUUUUGGGUCUGCUACGAAAAUAAAUGACAAUGAGCCAACUCCUUACUUGGUCUCAAGGUUCUACAGAGCACCUGAAAUAAUAUUGGGUAUACCUUACAAGCAUGGUGUGGAUGUGUGGUCGACGGCCUGCACCAUCUAUGAAAUGUCCACUGGAAAGAUACUGUUCACUGGGAGUUCCAAUAAUAAAAUGUUAAAAUGUUUCAUGGACUUAAAGGGUAAAAUACCAAGUAGAGUUGUAAGGAAAGGAAAAUUCAAGGAUCAACAUUUUAAUUACAACAACAAUUUUCUUUUACACAAAAAAGAUGAAUUCACGGGAAGAGAAAAAGUUGUAGAAAUAACUAACAUUACAAUGUCAAGAGACUUGUAUAAAGAAUUAAAGAAAAGUUCGUUAAACCCACCAACUGGUGAAGAAAAAAAGAUAAUACAGUUAAAAGACUUACUGGAAAAAAUGUUAAUAUUGGAUUCCAAUCAAAGACUAUCCGUUACAGACUGUUUAAAACAUCCAUUUAUACAAGACGAAUUACAAAAAUGAUUGCUCAAAAUAAAACUUUAAUUUAAAUUA